GAGGGGGCUGUGCACAUGCUGGACUGUCUCUCGUGUCUCCCCCAGUGACAGUGCUGUGAGCCGGGCUGGCUGGCAAGUGUAUGGAGCAUGCCUGUGAGUGCGAGCGGCGGCUGGCGAUGCAGUGUCGGCGGCGGGGAGAGCUGGGAGAGCAGCCGGGAUCAGAGCAGCGGCAGCGGCAGCAGCCACAUGGACAACCCGGCCCCCAGCACCAUCGUCAUCCGUGUGGGCAUCCCUGAUCUCCAGCAGACGAAAUGUAUGCGGUUUAACCUGGAUGCUCCGGUCUGGGUGUCCAAACAGCGCAUCCUGUGCACCCUCAACCACACCCUGAAGGACGUCCUCAACUACGGCCUCUUCCAGCCCGCGUUCAAUGGCCGAGCUGGGAAGUUCCUGGACGAGGAGCGCCUCCUGCGAGAGUACCCCACUCCCCCAGACACCCCCGUGCCCUACUUAGAGUUCCGGUAUAAGAAGCGAGUGUACAGUCAGAGCUACGUGGAUGAGAAACAACUAGCCAAAUUGCAUACCAAGGCGAAUCUGAAGAAAUUUAUGGAGAACAUUCAGCUUUAUAACUUCGAGAAAGUUUCCAAGAUGCUGGAGAAAGGGCUGGACCCCAACUACCACGACCCGGACACGGGAGAAUGCCCUCUGACUGCGGCUGCCCAGCUGGUGAACAAUGCUGACAUCAUCAAGGUGCUGCGCAAUGGUGGAGCUCAUCUGGACUUCAGGACGAGGGACGGGCUGACGGCACUUCACAAGGCAGCGCGUUGUCGCAACCACACGGCCCUGAUAACGCUGCUGGACCUGGGAGCAUCUCCGGAUUACAAGGACAGCCGGGGCCUGACACCACUGUACCACAGCGCCAUGGUGGGUGGUGAUCCCUACUGCUGUGAGCUCAUCCUCCACGACCAUGCCACUGUGGGCUGCAUGGAUGAAAAUGGCUGGCAGGAAAUCCACCAAGCCUGUCGUUACGGACACGUGCAGCAGUUGGAGCAUUUGCUGUUCUAUGGGGCAGACAUGGGGGCUCAAAAUGCCUCGGGCAACACUGCAUUGCACAUCUGUGCCCUCUACAACCAGGACAGCUGUGCAAGGGUGUUGCUUUUCCGAGGGGCUGACAAGGAGAUUAAGAACUACAACAGUCAGUCGGCAUUCCAGGUUGCUAUUAUUGCUGGGAACUUUGAGCUGGCUGAGAUCAUCAAACAUCACAAGCAAGCCGAUGUUGUGCCUUUCAGGGAGACCCCGACAUACACCAACAGGAGACGGAGCGCAGGAAGCACCCUGUCAUCGCCCCGCACCUUGCUACGAUCCACCAGUGACAACAACAUCAACGAGCUGCAGGAGCGAUCAGCGCAUUCGCCAGUUCUGUCGCUCCGCAGCCUGCCGCCACAGCUACUGGUGCAUAUGCAGGAGAGCGUGGAAGGGGGGCCACAGAGUGCAGGCAGCUCCCACAGCUCCCACAGCCGCUCGCCCUCCCUCCAGUGUGUCCAGGAGGAGAUUGAGGCCGACAGCUCCACUCUGCGCAGGCAGACCAAGGCCAGGUUCAGCCCGAGCGGGGUGACCGCUGAGCCCCCACAGCACCCGCCUCACCGGGGGCCCAAACGCAAACUGUACAGCGCCGUGCCCGGGCGCACCUUCAUCGUAGUGAAGCCCUACCUGCCGCAAGGAGAGGCCGAGAUCCCGCUUCACAGGGGAGAGCGUGUCAAAGGUGUUCAGUCUCAUGUUCAAGUGCUCAGUAUUGGUGAGGGUGGAUUCUGGGAAGGUACGGUGAAAGGCCGGACGGGCUGGUUUGCAGCAGAAUGUGUGGAGGAGGUGCAGAUGAGGCAGUAUGACAGCCGGCAAGAAACACGAGAGGAUCGAACCAAACGGCUCUUCAGGCACUACACUGUCGGCUCGUAUGACAACUUUUCAUCUCACAGUGACUAUGUCAUCGAGGAAAAGACAGCCAUGCUGCAGAAGAAGGAGAAUGAGGGGUUCGGGUUUGUGCUGCGAGGAGCCAAAGCCGAGACGCCCAUUGAGGAGUUCACCCCGACCCCAGCUUUCCCAGCGCUGCAGUACCUGGAGUCUGUGGAUGUGGAGGGCGUGGCCUGGAAAGCUGGACUGCGGACUGGCGACUUCCUGAUCGAGGUGAACAGCAAUAAUGUGGUGAAGGUCGGCCACAAGCAGGUGGUCUCGAUGAUUCGCCAGGGGGGCAACCACCUAGUGAUGAAGGUGGUGACCGUCAGCCGCAAGCUGGAGCUGGAGGAAGGCCUGAGGAAGAAAGCUCCUCCACCCCCAAAGAGAGCGCCCAGCACCACCCUGACCCUGCGAUCCAAGUCCAUGACCGCUGAGCUGGAGGAGCUAGCCUCUGUACGGAGGAGAAAAACUGAAAAGCUGGAUGAGAUCCUGGCGGCGGCCGAUCGCUCGGCCAGGCCGGAGAACGUGGCAGCCGAUUCACGAGCAGCGACCGUCAAACAGCGACCCACCAGCAGGCGCAUCACCUCAGCCGAGAUUAGCUCACUGUUCGAGCGCCAGGGAAUGGCUUCAAAAUCAACAUCACCAACUAUCCCAGAGAAACCACACAUCCCAGUUCCUAAAGUAAUGUCCCGGACAAAAUCCAUAGGUGCCUCUGAGGAUGAUAGACUGUCGGUAGCUGCAGCUGAGGGGCGUUUCCUGCGCAGCUCAUCAAUGCAGGAUACCCUGCGAGAGGGGCUGGGGAUUCCCCCUCCUCCCCAGAUAGCCCCCCCGCCACCACCCUCCACCUACCUGCUGGACACGGGACCCCCACCUCCGUUCUCCCCGCCACCCCCCCCAGGACGGUCAUACGACAACGUGCGAUCCAGCUUUAAACCCAACACAGAGGCCAAGGUCCACGGGGCUCAGGCGCUGGUCAGCACGGCAGAGGUGUACGAACCGGCCAAGACCACUCUGGCCCCGGUGGAGAGGCAGAGGAGAGCUCGCUCCAUGAUCAUUCUCCAGGACUCCUCCUAUUACCCUGUGGAGGCUGCGGACAUCCCCCGGCCCAGCCCCUCCCCCACCCCUCAGGAGAAGAGCAAAAGGAAAGCCAAGAUUGUAGAUAACCCCUACGCCAACGUCGGCCAGUUCAGCGUUGGCCUCUUCGCCCCAGCAAAGCCACUGCGUAAGAAGAGCCCCCUGGUCAAGCAGGUCAAGGUGGAGGACGCUGUGGAGAGAGCAUCAACCAUCUCCGCCAGCGCCAGUGCCAAGGAAUCACUGCUGGCGAGCGCCAAGUGGAUCGCGCAGUACACCGGCAAGGAGUAUGAGCUGUUGCAGAGAGAGGAGGCCAGGAGGCUGCUGGAGGAGGAGCAGGCUGCGGGCAGCCCCUUCGCGGACGCCAUCGCUGGCGCUGUGCGAGACCGGGAGAAAAGACUGGAGGAGAAGAGGAAAUCCACCAUCUUCCUCUCGGUGGGCGCCAUCGAGAGCACAGCACCACCCAGCACGCCAGCCCUGCAGCAGUCCCGCUCGGUGGACGAGAGGCUCCUGAGCAGCAGCGAGGGCUCACGCUCGCCCAUCCCCUCGCUUCGGCCGCCCCAGAGCAUCCCCAUCACCUUCAUCCACCCGCUGACCGGCAAACCCCUGGACCCCAACUCACCCCUGGCACUUGCGCUGGCCGCGAGGCAGCAGGCGCUGGUGGCUGAGACUAAACAACAGCUGGUGGGCGAGGGCAGCGAAGCCCUCAGGUCCCUAGACAGGACCACCCCCCUCUUCACUGAGCUACAGGGCAAAGAGGCCAAGAGGCCAGAGGCAGGGGGGCUCACCUCACCCCCCUUCUCACCAGAGGGACAAAGUGGCUACAGCCUGAUCACCGGGCCGGCCGGCACCAAGCACCAGAGAGCAGCUGUAAGCACCCUGAGGAGAGAGGCCGAGAAGCUUCAGAGAGAGGAGAAGAAGGUGGAAGAUAGGAAGAGUUUGCUCAUUAACAUCGUGGACACUUCACAGCAGAAAACAGCAGGGCUGGUCAUGGUCCACGCCACCAGUAAUGGCCAACAGGCAGAACUUCAAGACAUUGCGCCAGCGCCUGUGAGCGCCUUGAAGCCAUCACCACCAUCGCCUCAGCUGCUCGCAGCCGACAACCAAACGUCCCCAUCACCAGCCACUGUGUCCGAGCCCCCCACUCCCCCAGUGCCCACAAAGACACAAGCCCAGGGCAGCUCUGAUGAGGACGUGGAGCCGUACAAUGUCUCGCUGCCUCCGCCUCUCUCCUCCAGCGAUGAAGAGACCCGGGAGGAACUGGCCAAAAUAGGAGUGGUGCCACCUCCCAAUGAGUUUGCCAAUGGCCUGUUCUGCCCUGUGCUGGCUGUGCUCAGUGCUGCCCCCUGUGCUGGACCUCGCACUCUAACCCCCUCCGCCACUGCAAUGCCCCCCUCAGGGAAGCCACCGCCCGCCCCAGGCUCCGAGACCACCGAAGCCAACGUGGACUCGGGUGUGGAGGAGAUCGAGACCCGAAGCUGCAGCGACCACCACCUGGAGACCACAAGCACCGUGUCCACAGUCUCCAGCAUGUCUACGCUGUCCUCGGAGAGCGGAGAGCCCCUCGACACCUACACCUCCUUCGCCGACGGACAGACCUUUAUCCUCGAGAAGCCUCCAGUGCCUCCAAAACCAAAGUUGAAGUCCCAACUCAACAGAGGAGCAGUCACAUUCAGGGACCCUCUCUUGAAGCAGACCUCAGACAGUGAGCUUGUUGCCCAACAUCACACGUCCGCGCUGCUCCCCGGCGUCGGGCGGUCUCGCUACCUCAUGCAGAGAAAGUCCAAGCUAUGGGGAGAUCCCAUCGAGCCGCGGCCCCCUCAGAUGGCCGAGGGCAGCAAACGUACUGUAAUCAGCGAGCUGAGCUCCAGGCUUCAGCAGUUAUCCAAGGACACUCACUCACUCGGGGACGAGCCCAUCGGGACUACACUAGAUACAGGAAGGAAGUCACCGGUGGUCACAUCACGACUUUUCAGUAGUUUAGGGGAACUCAACACCAUCUCCCAGCGGACAUUCGGGGCGACCUUCACCAUCCGCCCAGGAACCAGGCACCCGGUCAGCCGGCGGACUCCCAGCCCCGGCAAAGCCACACUGGAAACAAGGACAGAGCUGGUCAGCUCCCCCCGGCCCCCCACCCUGCCCAGCCCCACCCAGACACCCCCCACCAUCCUCAAAUCCUCCAGCCUCAACAUCCCCCACGAGCCCAAGGAAGUGCGCUUUGUGAUGCGCAGCUGCAGUGCCCGGAGCCGCUCGCCCUCGCCCUCGGGAGCCCCCAUGCAUUCCUUGCUGCCCCCUAAACCCUUCUGUCAGAAGCCUGUGGCCAUGUGGAACAAGUACGAUGUGGCCGACUGGCUGGACAACCUGAACCUGUCCGAGCACAGGGACAGCUUCCUCCACAACGAGAUUGAGGGCUCCCAUCUGCCCGCUUUGACCAAGGAGGACUUUGUGGAGUUGGGAGUCACACGGGUCGGGCACAGGAUGAACAUGGAGCGGGCACUGAAGCGUCUAUUGGAGAGUUAGCUCACCCCGGGGGAGGGGGGAGGGAGGGGGUAAUCU